AUGGCAUCCUCGCGCCGCCGCCGCGACCAGCGGCAGAGGCAAAGGCACCGGGCCGCCGAGGCCGUCCGGCGCCACGACAUCGUCAAAGCCGUCGUGAAGCUCCUCCCGGCGGAGCUGCACGCCGAGAUCCACCGCCGGCUGGACUUCCGCAGGCGCCUCGCCUUCGCCUCGAUCUGCCUCUUCCUCCACAGCGACACCGAGGAGAAGGCCACGGUCCUGUCCGUGGCGAAGGAGGCCUCACGAGCAAGGAGGCCUGCGCAUGGCCAGGCCACCGGAGAGCGGGCGGAUCUGCCGGCCAUCACCACCAUCCCGUUCCUCAAUUUGGUGGGACGCCGAUGGUUCUUCCUCGACGUGGAGCCCUUCGUGCAGAUCCGGUUCGGAGGCCCUCCCCCGCCGGAGGACAAACACUGGGGGCCGCACCCGCCGAGGACGUACACGCUCACGGUGGCGCAGAUGCGCCAGAGCUUCUACCGCAAGGUCGUCCUCUCGGCGCCCCCACGGCCGGGCAGCUACGCCGCCAUGCUCAUCACGGACAGGCUGAUCGGCGCGCCGGCCUUCGCGACGGCGGAGGACCCCGCCUGGAGGAUGGCGCGCUCCCCCGACGGCGUCGAGGACGCGAUCCACCACGACGGCCGGUUCUACUCCGUCACGUACACCGGCCGCGUCGAAGCGUGGCAACGCAACGACGAGACCGGCGAGUUCACCAGCCAGGUGGUGGCGCCGGCGCUGGCUGCUACUGCUGACGACGAGAAGAAGCACCUGCGGCGCAGGUACCUCGCGGCGUCGACGGACGGACGGCUGAUGGCCGUGCUCAAGCACACGGAGGUGGUGGUCGAAGAGGGGCGGUACUCGUACAUGAACAAGGUGGUCACGCGCGUCCACUUCGAGGUGCAGGUCCUGGACCAGGCCAACGGGCGGUGGGAGGCGGCGGACAUGGGCGGCGCCGCGCUCUUCGUGGGCGUGAACAGCACCGUGUGCGUGUCGGCGAGGGAGCACCGGGGAAUUGAAUUGUGGUUACUGUUUCAGUUUUUAACAACGUGUGGUAUGCUUUUGUGUUUGGCUUAUUAGGAAUUGUUUUUUUUUUGGUCUGUUCAAAUCAAAGUAAACCUACGAAAAUCGUGGCUUAGC